CAUGUUGGCAGACCUGCACAGCGAGUGCGCCGCUGUCGCCUUCGCAGUCACCAGCGAUGACAGCCGGUGGUGCCGACAGCAUCUGCUACCUGCCCUCACCAGGAAGGCCUCAGCAGAUGCGGCCGCCAGCGUGGGGUUCUUGAUGUCAUCGAGGAGGCCUGUGGACGACUUGUGCCUUCUAUCCUCGUGCCAGCACCUCAUCAUGGCCUACGGCACCUUCGGGCUGACCGCAGCCAUCCUGUCCGGCGGCCGGACCAUCAUGUACGACACAGCCCACCACGGCGCUCACCCACAGCCUGCCCCUCAGAUGAUGACAUCACUGGUCCCUCACUGGCGUCUCAUUCCAUAGCUACUCGCUCCAUCCCAAAGGAUGAAGUCAC